AUGGACUUAGGCGAACUUCACCAUCGACUUUGCAAAAAGAUUGCUCAGCUAACUAAAGUUAUUUUCUUCUUGAACACCAAAAAUGAUGAAUAUGAAAGUAAUCUCAAAGCAGUUGUUUAAGCAUAUGAAUAAGAAAUGGAUUAGAUUGUAAAAGAGUAUCAAAUUCAAUUUAUUUUUAAGUGCCAAUCAGAUCGUACUUACUUACAAGCAGGCAUUAGAUAAGUAGAACAAAAAUGAUGAUAUUUAAUAAGAACUAAAACAACUUCAAGAAAAAGUGCAAGUAGAGAAAUAGACUGCAUAAAUUGAAUAUUCUUAAUAUAGGAAAAGGAUGGAAGAGAAAGAAUAAGGUCUUGUAACUCAGUAUGAAAAGAAGAUAAAAGAUAUUUAGAAGGAAACAGAAUUUUAAAAAUAAAAAUUUGAUGAUCUUUCAAAGUAAGUUGACAAAGUCAUUAUGAAAUAAGAGGAGUUAAGGAGAGGAUCCUAGAAAUAGUUGGAAGACACUAUUAAAGAAUGGAAGGAAAAGUAUGAUACACUUAUGAGAAAAAAACUUGAAUUGGAUGAUUAAAUAGCAGAUAAAGAUAGACGACUCCAGAAACAAUAAUUAGAAAUUGAUGAUUUAUUGAAAAAGAUAGAGGAAGAGAAGAGAAAAUCUAAAGAGGCUUAGGAUAGACUGUAAGAUUUGAUGAAGUAAAAUUUCGAUUAAAAAUUGCAAUCAUUAUAAAAUGAAAUAAAUUCACUAAAAUAAGAAGUUACCAAUCUUAAAAAUUAGAAGGAUGAUCUUACUAAGCAUAACCAUAAUCUUUCCGAUGAAAUUCAUCAGCUUAAAGAUUAGAUUGCUAAACUUACUCUUGAUCUAAAGGACAUUGGAUAAAAAUAUUAACAAUCUCAAACUGAAAUAUUGUCAUAGAAAAAUGAAAAUAGUAAAUUGAAAUAGACAAACAGCGAUUUGGAAGACAAGAUUAAGUAACUUAAUUCAUAAAUUGAAAAUCUUAAAUCCUAAUUACACGCUUAUUAAUAGGAUGGAUCAAUGAAGGAAACUCAAUUAACUAAGUAGUUAAGUGACCUUGAAUAAUAACUUAAAUCAAAAGAUUUUGAAAUAAGAGAACUUCAUAUUAAAUUGAAUGAAUUAUAGAAGAAGGCAGAUAUGCUGCAAAUGGAAUUAAAUGCAGUUAGAGAUGCAAGUGAUAGGAGCAACAGUGAUAAAUUAAAAGAGAUUGAAGAGUUAAAGAAGAAUGUCAGAAGAUUGGAAGAUGAAAUUGAGAAAUUGUAAAAUUAAGCAAAAAAUUAAAUGGGAGAAUUAGAAAAAAAUUUAUUGAAUAAGAUUGAACAAAUUGAGGCAGAGAAAAGAGAAUUAAUUAAACGAUAUGAGGAAAAAAUAUAAAAAAUUACUACUGAAUAUGAAUUAAAAUUAAAAGAAUUAAGGGAAGAAUUAGAAAAUAAGAUUAAAAAUUUAGAGAGUAAUCAUGCUUAAGAGAUUGAAUCAAUUAAAAAUGAUUUUAAUAAAAGAUUGAAGCAACUAGAGUAAUAAUUAAAUGAUGAAAGGGCUAAUGUUGAAAAAUCUGCUGGCUAAGCAAUUAAUGAUUUGAAAAACUAAAUUAAUUAAGCCAAUCUUAAAAUAUCAGGAUUGGAAAGUGAAAUUUAAAAUUUGUAAAAUAAAAUCAAAGAGUUAGAAUAAACUAUUAUUUAUAAUCUCAAUCAAAUAACAAGCAAAGAAUAGGAAAUCAAAUAAUUAUUGUAAAGAAUUGCUGAAUUAGAAGAUAAAAUUAAAUAAAUACAAUCAGAAGGCUCAAGCAAUUAAGGAUAAUUAUAAACUAGAAUCUAAGAAUUAGAAUAAUAAAUCAAAUAACAAAGGAUUGAUCUAUUGAGGGAGAAAGAUGAACAAUUAAACCAAUAAAAGCUAUCCUAUGAAUAAUAGAUAGAUAGGUAUACAUAUAAUUUAUUUUAAUUAGCUUGAGAUAAUAAUAUGAAGCUGAAAAAAAAUAAAUAAAAGUAGAUUUUGAACGAAAAUUGUAGUUAAAAGAAGAGGAAAUUGCAAGGCUUUUAUAAUAAAUCACCUCUCUCAAAAAGGAUAUGGAAACUGGAUAAGGGGAUUGGGCAAGAAGAUUAAAAUUAAAAGAGGAAGAAUUUGAGUAAAUGCUAAAGGAAAUUAACUUAAAACACAAUUAUGAGAUAGAAGUAAGAAAUAUAGGUUAUUUCUCUAGUUGCUGGACAAAAAGAAUACAUAAAUGAAAGAAUAAAUGAAAGUAUAUUAUGAAAAAGAAAUCUAAUAAAUAAAAGAUGAUUUAAAUGUAGAAACUCAGAAUAAGUUAAAUUAGUAAGCAAGAGAAUUUGAAAAUUAAAAAUAAUCGCUGAUUAAAAACUACGAAAAUUAAUUAUAAGAUGUUUAAUAAAGAUAUGAGAGAUAGUUAAAUGAUAAAAUUUCAGAAUUUGAAAAUAAACUAAAAUAGUUGUAAAAUAAACUAGAAUAAGAGUAAUCUGAUCAUAAAGCAACUAAAGAUAUUAUCUCCGAUCUAAGAAGGUAAUUAGAAAACUCUUUAGAGUUAAACAAGAACACUUCGGAUAAAUAUGAACAGUAAAUUAAGAUUUUGUAGUAAUAAAUUAAAGAUUUAAAUAUCAAAUAUCAAUAGGCUGAAGUAGAAUUUUCAAAGCAAAUAAAAGAAAAGGAUGUAUGGGUAUAAUAGAUGAAAGAUGAAGCUAAAUAAUUAGAGCAAUAAUUACGACAAUCUCUUAACUAAUAAUUAAAGGAUAGCUUAAUAAAAUAAAAAGAGUUUGCUGAUAAUUUAAAAAAUGAGUUUGAAUAGGCCCAACAAUUACUAAUGUAAAAGUUAUAGAUGCUUGAGGAAGAGUACUUAUUAUUAUUAUGAUAGUUAUAAAGAAAUAACUCGUCUCUAUGAAGAAAGACCUAGUCGACCUGAAGAUUUAGAAUUGAUUAAAUAGUUAUAAUCCUAAGUCAAUUUGAAAGAUGAGGAGAUCAAAAAGGUUAAUGAAUAGAUGAAAUACUUUAAAUUAGAAUUAAUUAAUAGAGAUAAUAACUACAACAAAAUGUUCAAUGUGAACCCAACAAUAGGAACACUCAAUGUUCUAGAAAAUAAAUCUAAACCAUAAACAGGUAAAAUGCAAUAAAAGAAAUGA